UUUAUUGUAUGAGUUUAGUACAGUAGUGUGUUGAUGAGUUUGAUUACGAAGUGUUAAACGCUCAGUUCUUCCUCACUGUAGGCGAAAACCGCAAACGGGUUUCCUGUGACAGAAAUGGCUUUUUUUUGUUUCUUAGUCAAAAUGAAACAUUUUUUGUCACCUACAAACAACCAGACCACACACACACACGCCCCCCUUACCAGCCUAUAUAAACUGAAGAAUGAGUCUGCAUUAAUACCAUUCUGUUCACAUCGUGACCAUCGUCCUCCUCCUCCUCCUCAUCAUCAUCAUCAUUAUCACCAUGGUCUCUCGUUCUCUCCUGCUGGUUCUGCUGGUUCUGCUGGGUCUCACCUGCCUUCAGUCCUUCACACCAGCCCACAAUGGACAUGGACCAAGUAAGUGCUGUUUCAAUUACCAGACACAUCCAAUCCCUGUAACAUUCAUUACAGCGUAUGAAGAAACAGAGCAUCAGUGUACAAAACCUGGAGUCAUCUUUACCCUAAAUAAAGGUCGUCGUGUGUGUGCAGACCCCGGCGUCGAGUGGGUGAAGAACAUCAUGGAAAUAAUUGACCGGCGCUUUUUUACCUGAUCCAAACUCAAACAAGUGUUUCAAAACUCUCUCCAUUAAAAAGUCUUUCAUAUUUCUUUUACGAAAUUCACGUUUUAUGUAAUCAGACGGGAGGAAUAAAGAUUAUUCCUGUAAUAA